UCAAUUCUCUUUGCAGUGGCAUUAGACCACACAAGAAUAACCAACCAACCCAACCCUUUUGGCCUUUUUUUUUUAAACACAAACAAUAGAAUGGAACCUGUAGGAGCCUUCCCUGAUGGAGAAUGGGAUUGCUUUCGCCGAAUUUUUGCGAGUGAUGAGGAGCAUGAGCAUGAUUUAUUCACACCUCAAUUUCCACUUCUGUUUGAUGGUGAUGAUGGAUUGAACAUUGUGACACAACACACAUUUUGUGCUGCUCCUGAAGCCGGUGAAAAUGCGUGUAUGUUUUAUUCUUUAGAUGCUGAUCACAACUCAAAUUCUUCUCAGUAUAUUUCACAAGAAAGUAGCUAUAGUAAUACUAGUAGCAACUGUAGUGGUGACGACACUGUCUUCAUUGCCAAUCCGGGUAACGCAAACUAUUAUUUUAGUUACCCUGAUCAUGUGCUAGCAAACAAUAAUGCAUGUGUAUAUUCCAUGGAUGAGAAAUUUUUUGCCUCUUUUGUCCCAUCGAUUUCUGACAUUGUAACGGAAGAGAGUGCCAAGUUGUAUAAAGAUGUGGGGAGUGACAAAUUGGAGAAUUCUCAAUGCAAUCAAAUGGAACCUAUUGUUUUUCCCACCAAGCAGUUGCAGCUCAAAAGGAAGCUUGAUGUGCCUGCUGAAGAUAAAAUCAACAAAGGAUCUGAGAAUCAAAAGAAAAAGGCUCGUGUUUCAAAAGAUGGCCAAGGAUGCAUGAAAAACACAUGGUCCAAGAAGAAUCAGAAACAUACCAGCAACGGGGAAGAGGCAGAAGAAACUAAUACAGGAUUAGAUGGACAAAGCUGUAGUAGUAACAUGUCAGAGGAUGAUAACACUUCUAAAUCUGCUCUCAACUCAAAUGGGAAAACAAGAGCAAGUAGGGGAUCAGCAACAGAUCCCCAAAGUCUGUAUGCAAGGAAAAGAAGAGAGAGAAUAAACGAGAGACUAAGAAUCCUACAGAAUCUUGUCCCAAAUGGAACCAAGGUUGACAUAAGCACAAUGCUUGAAGAGGCAGUCAAUUACGUGAAAUUUUUGCAGCUCCAGAUCAAGCUUUUAAGCUCCGAUGAUCUAUGGAUGUAUGCACCAUUUGCUCACAAUGGGCUUGACAUUGGACUCAAUCUCAACUCCCUGCCACUUUAAGAGGCUAGAGGACACGUUUACCGUUUUUAACAACAAACGGAAAACAACUACGUAGAAAAAAUAAAUAUGUAAAAUAAAAUUGAGCAAUAUAUGUGUAUUCUAACUUGUUAUUAUUGACUAAUGUGAAUAAUAGCAAUUUCUUCAC